AUGCUUGGUCUCCUGGAGUCUGCCGGGGGUGUUCAGGGCGGCAUUCACGGCAUGCUCAAGGAGGCAGUUACUGUUUUGGCGGAUAGCUCUUCAGACACCGCCAAAGUUUUAGAGCAACUUAGACUCGCCCAAGUUGCUUCCAAGAGGGCUGCCGAACAUACCCGCCUACAGCGAUUGCUGCAGGCACUGGGACCGCCGGGCAAUAGAUACGAAGAAGUGCGAGAUGCUACCGAACAUACCUUCGCUUGGCUCUUUCCAAGUGAAUCUUCCUCCUCUGAUAGCAGCGAUGCCAUGAGCGACAACAACUCCGACCGUUCACUUGACGCCAAUCAUUCAGCGGAUGAUGCAACGGGCAGUUUUGAUUCGGGCGACGAGCGUUCGGAUGAUGGCAGACCUCUCGGGUACCCAAGGGUGACGAGCGAAUCCGCCCAGAACAAUACUACUGGUGACCGCAGAUAUUCGGAACACCCGCCUAAUGAAGAACAUAUCCGAAAGUAUACUAGUGACAGAUUACGGAGAUGGUUGUGUAACGGCACAGGGGUUCUGCACAUCGCUGGCAAACCUGGAUCGGGGAAGUCAACCCUCAUGAAGUUUAUCUCCGAACACCACGUCACCAAGAGACUACUUUCGGAAUGGGCCGAGCCUAACCUGCUGGUUCACUCGAAGUUUUUCUUCUGGAAACCCGGGGACUGGCGACAAAACACGUCGAGAGGCCUGAUCCGCGGCCUCCUAUAUGACAUCCUAGGCAAUGCACCAUCUUUAAUGCCUAUCAUGUUCCCUCAAUGGUCGGCCGGGAAUCUUGCUGAGAAACCUGCAGAUACUCAGGCCAUACGGAUAUCUGAGAAGGAUUGUUUCCGUGCUUUUCACCAAAUGAUUGAUGCGCGCCAUGCGCGUGAAGCUCCUUACCUCUGCUUCUUCAUCGACGGUUUGGACGAGUUUGACGAGGACGCCGAUAUUCCACAUGGUGAACUAGUUAAGAUGCUUCGUCAAUGGACCGAUCAAUCAGAUGGCAGAGUUAAACUCUGUGUCUCCAGCCGAGAGCUCCCAGUAUUUGAAAACAUCUCUCCCGAAGACAAGAUCCGCUUGCAAGAGCUCACGAAAGGAGACAUGGUGACAUAUGCGACGAACAAGUUGAGGAACAAUGAACAGUUCUUUGACCUUCAAUCUGCCGAUUUCUGA